UCGUCACGUGACAUUACCACCGCCGUGUCAAGGCUGCGCAUGCGUAUGACUGCUCAGCGAAGUAAGCCAUCGUACAGAUCGAGGCCUUGAACAGUUACCGAGUCAACGUUUUGUUUUGCUUAUGAAAAGGACGAGUCGCCCGUGACUUGGAUCGCUUCCAACUGUGUGAAAAUGAAAGUAAAUGAAAUAAAAGAGGAGCUACAAAGUCAACCCGUUUGCAAGUCGGAGCCUGAAGAGGUCUUCCAAGAAGCAGAUGUCACAAAGCAUCUCCACCUUGGGCAGCAGGAGAUUAAAGAAGAAGAGAGCCCUCAGAUUAAUGAGGAAGAAGAACCCACACAGAUUAAAGAAGAAGAGAAGGAGGACCAAAUCAGCAAGUUUCCAUUGACAUUGACCGCUGUCAGUGUGAAGAGUGAGGAAGUUGACAGAGAGCACUGUGGCGGAUGCCAAGCAGAUAACCUGUUAGCUCCACCGUCAGAUAUUCACCAGACAUUAUCACAGCAUUCUGAUCAUGACGAUGCAAAAGGUGAAGAUUGGCAAUGUGAUGUGAGAUGUCCCGCUGAUGACAACCACGUGACAUGUUCUCAGUGUGACAAAAGUUUUGCCAGCAAGAGAUUGUUGGAAAACCACACAAAAAUACACACCGGGGAGAAAGCAUUGCUUGUUACUGUUUGUGGGAAACAAUUUGUGCAGAAAGAACAAUCACGUGCAAGGAGACACGCUGGGGAAAAACCUUUUUCCUGCUCACUUUGUGGUAAAGGAUUCUCUAAGAAGUCGUAUUUGAAAAACCACGCCAGAACACACACUGGGGAAAAGCCUUUUGUCUGCUCGCUUUGUGGUAAAAGAUUCAACAAAAGCCAUGAUUUAAAAAGACACACCCAGACGCACACUGGAGAAAAACCUUUUAACUGCUCGCUUUGUGAUAAAAAAUUCUCUUUGAAGUUAAGUUUGACGAGACACGCGCAAACACACGCGGAGAAAAUAUUUACAUGUUCGCCUUGCGGCAAAAGAUUCCCUACAGAGUCUGAAUUAACAGAGCAUGAAUUGACGCACACUUGGGAGAAACCCUUUCCCUGCACGGUUUGCGGCAAAAUGUUCUCGAAGUCCGUUUUAAGAUCGCACGAGAAAACGCACGACGGAGAAAAACGUUUUGUCUGCUCAGUGUGCGGUAAAAGAUUCUUAAGAAACUACGAUUUAAAAAGACACAUGAGUGCGCACACUGGUGAAAAACCUUUUAACUGCUCGCUUUGUGAUAAAAAAUUCUCUUUAAAGUUAGGUUUGACAAAACACAUGCGAACACAUGCCGAGAAAACAUUUACCUGUUUGCCUUGCGGCAAAAGAUUCUUUUCACAGUCGCAAUUAACAGAACAUGAAUUGACGCACACUCGGGGGAAAUCCUUUCCCUGCGCAGUUUGCGGCAAAAUGUUCUUGACGGAGCGUGUUUUAAGAUCACACGCGAGAACGCACGACGGGGAAAAACCUUUUCUCUGCUCUGUGUGCGGUAAAAGAUUCUUACGAAACUCUGAUUUCAAAAGACACAUGAGUGCGCAUACAGGAGACAAACCCUUUGCCUGCACACAUUGCGGUGAAAAAUUCUAUUCCGAGUUCGAUUUAAAAAUCCACACAAGAAAACACACUGGGGAGAAAACUUUUACCUGUUUGCAUUGCGGCAAAAGAUUCUUCACAAAGUCACGGGUAACAGAACACGAAUUGAUACACACUCGGGGGAAAUCCUUUCCCUGCCUGAUGUGUGGCAAAAUGUUCUCGACAAAGUCCGUAUUAACAUUGCACACGAGAACGCACUACGAGGAAAAACCUUUUCUCUGCUCAGUGUGCGGUAAAAGAUUCUUAAGAAACUACGAUUUUAGAAGACACAUGAGUACGCACACCGGAGAGAAACCCUUUGCCUGCACACAUUGCGAUGAAAAAUUCUUUUCUCAGUCAGAAUUAAAUACCCACACGAGAAAACACACUGGGGAAGAACCUUUUGCCUGCUCGGUUUGCGGUAAAAAAUUUGUCGCCAGUUCGUAUUUAAAAGCUCAUCACUUAACACACACAGGGUGGGAAAAAUCUCUUCCCUGCCCAGUUUGUGCUAAAAUGGUCUACCGAAAGUCUUUAAAAACACACAUUAGAACACACGUAGGAGAGAAAUUGUUCGCCUGCUCAGUUUGUGGUAAAAAAUUCUUGAGAAAGCACGAUUUAAAAAGACACGAAGGUACACAUGGUGGGGAGAAACGUUUCGCCUGUUUAAUUUGCCAUCAAAGAUACUAUUGGAAGAAAAAUCUAGACCUUCAUAUGGGAAGACACAAUGGUGAAAAACCUUUCGCCUGUCCAGUUUGCGGUCAAAGAUUCUUGCUAAAAGAUACUUUAAAAGCUCACCAAUUGAGACACACUGGGGAGAAACCUUUUGCCUGCUCCGUUUGCAACAAACGAUUCCGUCAGAGCUCGACUUUAAGAACUCACAAACUGACGCACUCGACAAGGGAGAAACAGUUCGCUUGCACCGUUUGUGGUAAAAAGUUCUUGAGUAAGGCGGCUUCAAAAGUACACUCUCGAGCUCACGCUGGAAUUGAUGAUUCGCUCUCCAAUCCUUCUUCUGCCGUCAAUUGAAAUGAGUUUAUCGCUGUUAGACAUCCCUCCCACUACAGAUGGAUCAGACUUUUAGGGCUGUUUUGGGCAGACAGUGACAAUGAUUGUGACAGUUUCCGCUUACUGAAAAUUGAGUUUUGAAUUGAAUAUGGACAUUGACCCUGUUGCACCAUUUGCCGAUUCUUGUUCUUGCCUUGCAAUGUUCCUGUCUUUAUUAAAUGAAGUGACUUUUGAAGGCUGACAUUAAUUCUAGCCAGUCAAGCAUGAUGUGACAAUGUUUCAAAGGGACAUUGACUAUAGGAGCACGAAUGUGGCUACCGCUGACUUAGGUAAGUGCCUUAAAUCUCUUUA